AUGGUCGCUCUUCGAAAUGCCUCAUUCCCUAUAAUUAUCGCGUCGAUGGCAUUCAUUUGCGGCAUCGUCGCCGUGUCUCCUUUGCUGAUGCAGCUAGGCGAUGCGCAAGCAGACUAUGGCCAGAAAACCACAGAUAUUCCUGGUGCCCAAACAUUCGUCGCACCCUCAGGCUUUCCCAAGAACAUAUUUCCGUCUUACUAUCCGACUCCCCCCGGCCAGCAACCUCAGCCAGAGAUCCACGAUCCCAUACUCAAUAAAACGUACCCUUUGAACCUAACAGAUCCAGAUAACAUACCAGAUCAUGCGGAAGAUCCUGUCUUCUUUCCAAGCCCUACAGCCAACCUGUCCGCAUCCGAGCAAGCCGAUGUCAUCGCUGAUGCUUUGAUCAAAAUCAAGGACAUCAUUUCCAGCUCAGAUUACAAUGGGAAUUGUUCGAAAUGCACAGCAGCACUCUCUGUUGGCAAGAAUGCGUCGCAGCUAGCUCCGACUCUGAUUCCAGCUGCUAUGGUCAGCUUGUGCAAUGAGACGGGGCUACGCUCGGCCAGUGCGUGUGACAAGGAUUUCCGAGCAGACACUUAUGGUGCCAUCUGGACACAAAUAUUGACCUUUGCCGAUGUUACUGGAGCGGAUGGGCAAUACAUUUGCAACUAUCUUUCCUAUUGUCCCACACCUGCACCGAUCGAUAUCGAUCUUAAGAGAUACUUCCCGAAGCCAAAGCCUGUCAAUGCCCAAAGACCAAAAGCCAGUGGAAACCGUGUCAAGGUUCUACACAUGAGUGACUUCCAUCUCGAUCCAAGGUACAAGGUCGGCUCGGAGGGGAACUGUACUUCUCAUCUUUGUUGUAGAAGUAAUUGGCCUAACCCCAAACUGCCAGAGGGCCAGAUUAGUUUCCCUGCGCCAGAAUUUGGAUACUUCGAUUGUGACACUCCAUAUGAUCUGGGCGCGGCCGCACUACAGGCAGUGGGACCAUUGACUGGCACUUCCAGGGAGGAUCCUCUUGCAUGGACAAUUUACACCGGGGACUUGAUUUCGCAUGACCCCCAGUCUCAGCUGAGCCGAGACUAUGUUACGUACACCGAGACUGCAAUCUUCAAUUACUUGUUUAAGACGUAUCUCACAGGACCUGUCUUUGCAGUGCUGGGCAAUCACGAUACGAAUCCGGAGGCGAUCAAUGCGCCCCAGUCGUUACCGGGUCCAUUGGGUACACAGAUGAGCUGGAACUACGACCACGUUGCAGCUCUAUGGAAGCACGAAGGCUGGAUUGGUGAAGAGCAAGCGAAACAAGCACGCCUUCACUACGGCGCGUACAGUAUCAAGAACCAUUAUGGACUCCGCAUGAUUACAUUCAAUUCGGACUUCUGGUACAAAGGAAACUUCUUGAAUUACAUCAACACAACGAAUCCAGAUGUCAGCGGAACUUUCAGAUUCGUGAUAGACGAGCUUCAAGCCGCUGAAGACGCAGGCGAGCGCGUCUGGCUUUUCGCACAUGUGCUCUCUGGAUGGGAUGGAUCCAACCCUCUUCCGAACCCUACGAAUCUGUUCUACGAAAUUGUCGAACGUUACUCUCCGCACGUUAUUGCUAACGUAUUCUUUGGACAUACACACGAGGACCAGUUCAUGAUCUACUACGCCGGUAACGCCACAGAAAGGUCUCUUGAGACAGCUCUUGCUACUGGUUGGAUCGGACCCUCUGUUACUCCAUUGAACAACGUGAACAGCGGAUUCAGGUUGUAUGAAGUCGAUACUGGAACCUUCGAUGUAUACGAAGCGCAUACGUUCUACGCCGACGUCAAUAGCUUCUCAAACUUGACCACCACUGGGCCUACGUUCCAGUACGAGUACUCCACUCGCGAAACUUAUGGACCGGCGAUUAGAUGGCCAGCUGAUGCUCCGUUGAAUGCGACCUUUUGGCAUGCUGUCACGGAGGCCAUGGAGAAGGAUCAUAGCUUGGUCAGCACUUUCAAUACGCUUCAGGGGAAGACGAGUGUUCUGAGUCCGAACUGCACGAAUGAUGCUUGCGCCAAGGCGAAGAUCUGCUAUAUGAGAAGUGGCAGUGUGGCAUUGGGGAGACAGUGUCCGCAGGGAUAUGGAAGUGUGCAGAGCGCUUUCACACCCGCUCAGUAG